AUGGCGGGUUUCAAAAUUGUUGCAUUAAUAGCUUCAGUGACGGCCCAAAUUGGAGCUUUUACUGCCCUUCUUUUGCAACUAUAUGGCCUUAUUCUCUUGUGGAAAAUUCACGAGAAACAAAAGAAGAAUACGAUGUUGAUAGCGCUUCAAAAUCGGCGCAGUUAUUUCUUGAGAAAGCUAAAGGUACUAAGGCAACGAAGGUUAAGACGACGUAAUAGAAGUUGUUGGUUUAAACCUAGCAGAUCAGAUCAAUGGUGGAUAAAGAUGAUAAAUGGCGAAGCACCUGAUGAAUUCUGGAUGAAGAAUUUCCGCAUGACCAAAGAAUCGUUUCUAGAACUUGAGACUGAGCUUAAACCUUACAUUUCACCCGAUCCCAGUUCACCUAACUACAGAGCACUAGAUAGUGCAAAGAAACUGGCUGUUACAUUGUACUAUUUGAAAGACACUGGCUCCCUCAUUAUGACAGCAAAUGCUUUCGGUAUAGCUGUCUGUACAGUUUCUGGUGUUGUAGUUGAGGUUUCCAAUGUGAUUUCAAAAGUACUUGGGCCGAAGUAUUUGCACUUACCUGUAGAUGAGAAUGAAAUGAGGAAAAAGGUCUGUGAGUUCGAGACAAAAUUUGGCAUUGUACAGGCCUUUGGAUGCAUAGAUGGAACACAUGUUCCUAUCCUUCGACCACUAAAGGAUCCACAAGAUUAA